AUGGCUUCUCUGACAGACGGGAGAUACCCACCCACUCUCAAGACCGAAGAAAAGGACGCCCUCAUCGAGACCGUCAAGGACUGGUCAAUAGGUAAUGGCCUCGCAGUCAGGCCUCCUCCCACAGUCAUACCCGCCGAGGCAGACCCCAAAAGCAUCGUUGCUAUCAACGUUCCUGUGACCCUCUUCCCAAGUCCAUUUCCCAAGCAAUGCUUCGCGCAGGGUAAGGCAGUUCAAAAGACCUACAACGAGCUGUAUGCCUCAGUGAGCAGGGAUGAAGAGUUCUUGGCUCAGGUUGUGAAGGAGGUCUCAGAUGGUGAUGAGUUUAUUCGAAACUUAUGGGACGUUCAUACCAAGGUUAAGGCUGAGGGAUAUACACAGGCAAGUGCCCUGUCUCUAGGCUUGUUCCGCUCAGACUACAUGGUGCAUCAGGAUACCGAAGCCUCAAAGUCUUCUUUGCAAGUCAAGCAGGUUGAGUUCAAUACCAUUGCGUCUUCUUUUGGCGGCCUCUCGACGCACACCUCUGCUCUCCAUAAGUAUCUUGCUACAGCCGAGUACCCGAUUUUGGACAACUCUAUUACCCAAGGAUCACUAGACCUGCCCGAGAACGCCAGCACUCGUGGCUUAGCAGCAGGUAUCGUGAAAGCGUACAACAUUUAUCCCGACUCCGAACUCGGCCACCAGAAGUGCGUCAUCUUUCUCGUACAAGAUGGUGAGAGGAAUAUCUUCGACCAGCGCCAUCUUGAAUACCAAAUCUCUAGCUCUUCCCCAUCUAUCCCUGUGUUCCGACUACCUUAUUCCCAAAUCCUACAGCACAGCAAGAUUGCAGACACCUCUAAACGCCAGCUUCUAUACCUCCUUCCAAGAAACCCUUCCAAGAUUUACGAAGUUGCUGUGAUCUACAUGCGAUCUGGAUAUGGGCCUUCUGACUACCCUGAUCAACAAGCUUGGGAGGCUCGUUAUCACCUGGAGAGGUCGAAUGCUAUCAAAUGCCCCAGUGUCCUGACUCAAUUAGCUGGAACGAAGAAGGUUCAACAAAUUCUUGCAACACCACGCCCUUCCACAGAGUCCUCGGCUCUUAGUAGGUUCAUUCGCGAUGACACGGAUGAGGCAGCUGAGCUAUGGCGCACAUUCACCAACAUCUACCCGAUGGACGGCAGUGAUGCCGGCCUUGAGGCCCGGAAGAAGGCCCUCGACCCCAAGAUUUGUCAAAAUUAUGUGUUGAAGCCCCAGCGCGAAGGUGGUGGCAACAACAUCUAUCGGGGGGCUAUUCCAGACUUCCUCAAAUCAGUUCCCGAAUCCCACUGGGGGUCUUAUAUUCUCAUGGAGCUCAUCACUCCCCCACCUGUCAAUAACAUCAUUCUUCGCAAUGGCAAUCUAGAGCACGGCGGUGUCAUCUGCGAGCUGGGCAUUUAUGGCACUUGCAUCUGGGACCAGAGCACAGGCAAAGUUCACCACAAUGAGGAAGCCGGGUAUCUUUUGCGUACAAAGGGCGAUAAGAGCGAGGAAGGUGGGGUUGCAGCUGGUUUCGGAUGUAUGGACAGUUGUGCGUUGGUGUAG